CUUACCGACCGUCGCAUGGACGCCUCUCCAAGGCAGAUCGGUUUCCGGCCUCCUCUGAGCAAAGCCGCAGGCGAGAGUCCGCAAGGUCCAACGGGCGCUCCUCCAAGCGGAGCCUUGGAGGGCACGGCCGGCACCAUUACCUCCAACGAGUGGAGCUCUCCCAACUCCCCCGAGGGGAGCAACGUCUCUGGGGGCAGCCAGGCCUUGGACAAGCCCAUCGACAAUGACGCGGAGGGCGUGUGGAGCCCCGACAUCGAGCAGAGCUUCCAGGAGGCCCUGGCCAUCUACCCGCCCUGCGGUCGGCGCAAGAUCAUCCUCUCAGACGAAGGCAAGAUGUACGGUCGGAAUGAGCUGAUCGCCCGCUACAUCAAGCUCCGGACCGGGAAGACCCGCACCAGGAAGCAGGUGUCCAGCCACAUCCAGGUUCUGGCUCGGCGCAAAGCCCGCGAGAUCCAGGCCAAGCUGAAGGAUCAGGCAGCUAAGGACAAGGCCCUGCAGAGCAUGGCUGCCAUGUCGUCCGCCCAGAUCAUCUCUGCCACAGCCUUCCACAGUAAAAUGGCCCUCACCCGGGGCCCAGGCUACCCGGCGGUCUCAGGGUUUUGGCAAGGAGCUUUGCCGGGCCACGCCGGAACGUCCCACGAUGUGAAACCUUUCUCUCAGCAAACCUACACUGUCCAGCCGUCACUGCCUCUGCCAGGGUUCGAGUCUCCCGCAGGAGCCUCCCCGUCGCCCUCCGCGCCCCCAGCACCCCCGUGGCAGGGCCGCAGCGUGGCCAGCCCCAAGCUCUGGAUGCUGGAGUUCUCUGCCUUCCUGGAGCGGCAGCAAGACCCCGAAACGUACAAUAAGCACCUGUUCGUGCACAUCGGCCAGUCGAGCCCCAGCUACAGCGACCCCUACCUCGAAGCCGUGGACAUCCGCCAGAUUUACGACAAGUUCCCCGAGAGGAAGGGUGGUCUCAAGGAGCUCUUUGAACGGGGACCCUCCAACGCCUUUUUCCUCGUGAAGUUCUGGGCAGACCUCAACACCAACAUCGAGGACGAAGGCAGCUCCUUCUACGGGGUGUCCAGCCAGUACGAGAGUCCUGAGAACAUGACCAUCACCUGCUCCACCAAGGUCUGCUCCUUUGGCAAGCAGGUGGUGGAGAAACUGGAGACUGAGUACGCGCGCUACGAGAACGGCCACUACUCCUACCGCAUCCACCGCUCGCCGCUCUGCGAGUACAUGAUCAACUUCAUCCACAAGCUGAAGCACCUGCCCGAGAAGUACAUGAUGAACAGCGUGCUGGAGAACUUCACCAUCCUGCAGGUGUGCGCGCAGGGGUGCGCGCAGGGGUGGGCGCAGGGGGGUGGGGGAGAGCGGGCGGUGGGCAGGGAAGGUGGCAUGCUGUCUCCUGGCCCCGACCCCCUCCUCCCCUCACCCCUGCAGGUGGUCACCAACAGAGACACGCAGGAGACGCUGCUGUGCGUCGCGUACGUCUUCGAGGUGUCGGCCAGCGAGCACGGGGCUCAGCACCACAUCUACCGGCUGGUGAAGGAAUAAGAGACCGGGGAGCAGGGAGGGGGGCAAGACAUCGUGUGCGCAGGGACGUGGGGUGGGGACCCGCGGGGGCAGCCCCCCCAGAGCGCCAGGAGAGUGGAGGUCAUGACUCUUCUACCAGGAACGUGAACCCGCAGUGCCUAAGCCCAAUAAACGCAAGACCUGGGCACCUUCUGAGGCCCCGUCUGGCUGUGUGAGCCCCGGGAGGGGCUGAGGGAGCAGGCGGCUGGCUGGGAAACGGGCGGAAGCGGCCCCGGGGUGCCGUCCUGAAGCCAAGGCCCCAGUGGACUCGGCCAGGAACGUCCAGACGCUGAAGCUCAAGAUGGGUCAGCCCCUGCGCUGCACUGGAGCCGCUGCCGGCCAUGCUGGGAGGCCUGAGGGGGGCGUGGGUCCUCGGCCACCUGGGAGUGACGGAUGCAUCCGCCCUGGCCGCCUCUGCUGCUGCUGCUGCCCCAGGACAGCCGACAGGGAGGCGCGGCCCAGUCCCGGGGGGGUGGGUUUCAGGUGUGGAGGUGACUGAACUCUCGGGAGGUUGGAAGUGGACGCAGUCAGAGCUCUUUAGGUAGUUUUCAUCCGUCUCCAGGCAUGGGCUCCGUGGCCACGCUGGCUGCCCGGGGUGGGGUGGGUCCCAGGUCAGGGGAGCCUGAGACAGCGAGUGUGGGAGUGCAGUGGUGCAGCCAGCUUUUGAGUGUGGGCGGUGAGGCCAGAGUCACGCGGCCUCCUCUGUGGUGGGAAGGCCAAGACAGUUGGUCAGAGGUCUGCGGUGGACCAGUGGUUUCUGAGACCCACGCAGUCUGCAUGGUCUGUGAGUCUCACCGCAAACCCCUCCCAGCCGAGAAGCCUGCCGGUGCCGCCUUGGAGCAGCCCAGGCCGUCCACGCCGUCCCUAAGUCCACUCCCUCCCCAAAGGUCAGGUUCUGUGCCCCGCUUCCCGCUGCGCCUGGAGGGGACCCGCGGAGGGAUUUCCCUGGUCUGUUUCUCCUGGGAACUGGCCUCGGUCCUCGUGUUCCCUGCUGCCCGAGCUGUCUCAGCGUGAGUGUCCUUCCUCCCUGUAAAGGGGGAUGGGCGCAGUGAGGAGGAAAGAUCACGUCGGUAAAGGGCCUGGUGCAAGAUGCACCAGAUACAGUAAACAUUAUCAUCAUCCCCUUAUCCCUGCCCUCGGGGCUCUCGGGGCCCGGCUCUUUGCUGCCAUCUAGCGGCCAUUUGGUAUCACCUUCUCUGGUGGGGAACCGCAAUUCCAGGAGCCUGGGGCCGAAGGGGAACAAGAUUCAACCUGCAGGUGGUGUGUGUGCCCAGCACUCAGGGAGAUGUAUGGGGAUAAGAAGCGAGUAAGACGACGUUGAGGAGGUGUUACGGAGCAGUUAGGAGCAAGGGCUCUGGAGUCAGGCUGCUAGGAUUGGAAUCCUGGUGCUCCGCUACAGACUAGCUGUGUGGCCUUGGGGCAAGCUACCUAAUUUCACUGUGCCUCAGUUUCCCCGUCUGUAAAAUGGGUAUAACAACAGUACCUACCUCGUGUAUGCAGAGUGCCUAGCACGGUGCCGAGCACACAAGCGUGUUCGAUACAUAUGCGUUAUUAUUCAUAGCAUCUGACUCCUUGCAAUCUGAGAAGUCAACCUGGAAAACUCUUAAGUGGGGUGAGCGGUCCUCAGAGCAGCUGGAGUUCAGAGGUGGGAGGGGGCAGGGCGUGGAAGGUUCGGGGAUGAGGGGGAAAUUGAGAGGGGCUGCCCCUUGAAAGAGGGGCAACGUCUAGGUAAGCAGCCUGUGGACGGCUGCUAGGCUCCAUGCCAAGUUGUGUGACCCUCGUGCGUGCGGGGACCCAGCUCCUCCUUGUGGAUGAUGUGAUGUGGAGGGGGCCUUGGGGUCCCUGAGGAGCACUCACACGUCCUCCUCUGGUUAGUGUCUGCUAAGGCUCUCCCGCCCUCCCCCCUCCCAGCCCCUGUUUCCGGGGCUGUCAGAAUAAGGGGAGCUCGUGACGCCUGCCCUCCCAGCACGACUGAACCUUCCAGCAAGGGCUUGAGAAGCGUGUGUGAGCAGCCUCUGGGCCCUGGGACGGAUGCACACACUAGGUCCCUCGUUUUGUAUCGUGGGUGAGGGCUGCCAGUGCAGCUGUCGGGUCCAUGUGUUGGCUGUGAGUCUUCCCUUCUCUUUAGGAACUGACCUCAGUAGCCUAAGGGACACUAACCUACUUAGAGCUGGAAAGUCCAAACCGGUCACAGCCACGGAGAACACAGGUGCAGGCGCCUCUCCCCGCGGUGUCGUGCAGACCGCGGCCCUCGGGGCCCGCAAAUGGGAGACCCGACCCGGCCCCGCCUCUCCUGCAGCCUCAUCUGACACCCCCCUGCGCCCCUCCCCGCCUUUCGGUUCUGGCCCUGGAGAACUGUCACUCAUUCUUCAAGAGCCAGCGUGGAGCCACGUCUUCUCCCGCAGAAGGGCCAGUUGCUCCUGUCCUGGCGUGGAGAAAGCGUUCCAUUCACAACCCAUCAGAGCACCUGCCACGCGUCCCUGGACAGAGGGCCUGUGUCACCUCUUCCAUCCUCACCCGGGGGCGCUGUGCUCUCCCCAUUUUAAAGAUGAGGAAAGGGGGGUCUGGAGAGGCCGGCUAACUUGCUUGAGGCUGAAUGCGUUUAUCCACUCGCUUAACACACGUUUAUUUAAUUUCUGCUUCGUGCCAGGCGCGGGACGUACUGAUGGCCGAGACAGACGGGGUCCCUGGGAGCUUGCGUUUUACUGAGAAGGGAAGACAAAGUGAGCGGGUGAAGGACGUGCAGACUGACGGGUGCUGACAGGAGGAGAGGGCGCCGCGGCCGCGGCCUGGGGGCCGGGCGUGACACGUGUCCCGGGGACAGCAGGGAAGCCACAGCAGGAACGCAGAGAUGCAGGCCCGGAUCCCGCGCAGGCCCUGCCCCGCGCUCGGGAAGGGCUUCGGCUUUUUCCGCGUGUGAUGGGAGGUCCUGGAAGUGUUUUAAGCAAGGGAGUGAGACUGUCGGGUGUGAUUUUGGGAAACAGCACUGGUGGCCGUGGACCACAGAGCAGUGCGCAUCCUGGUUUCCGAGUCAGCCUCGCCCCCUGGACUCAGCAUCUGGCUGGGGAGACUGUAGCUGCCCUGCUCAGUCACUUUCUGUAACCUGAACCCACGUCUGGAACACAGCAGGUGCCUGAUGAACGUUUGAAGGGUGCCCGUGUGCAAGGGUGUGACCCGUGCCUUUUGGGCCUGGGAGGGGUGAUGGGUGGGUGUCCCCGAGCCUGCGGGAUAGGACUCUGCUGACAUCAGGAGUCAGCAGGCGGGGAUGUGGAAACAGGAUGGGUGCCUGACCCAUGGGGUCCGAUGGCCCAGCAGACAGUGCCCCAGUGACCACCAGUGACCUUCCAUAGGGUGGGUGACCUUCUGCAUGCGACAGGAGUUUGGGAGGCGCGUGUGACACGGCCCCGCCCUUCUGGGACCGGAGCCAGGCUGAGGAGCGCGGGGCUGUGUGUACCAGCUUGGGGCCCCUGCUUCCUGGCCCGCCCACGGGGCUCGGAGGGCAGUGGGGUGGAGCAGGGCCCGGGUGUCCCUUGUUAGCAGGGGUGGCGACAGCAGGGAGCCCCACAGGGACCGGGCCACCAGUGCACACCUGGGCUGCACCUGCCUGGAGGAGGGACUCGAGCUGGAGCGGGGGCGGGCUUGAUUUUCCCCCUCAUCCCAGAGGUCACCGCGUUUGACCCCUUCUGACAUUACUGCCCAAGGCAGGAAACGAGAAGGUAACUCCGGAUAAGUUGUUCUUGAGAACGGAAGCCCCGGAGCCAGGCUGCUCCAGGACUGAGUUGGCUUCUUACAAGUCGUGUGACCUUGGGCGAGUGACUUACCCUCUGGGAACCUUUGUAACCUCGUGUGUGAAAUGGGAAUAAAGUGGGCUGACUGUGGGGAGGAAGAAGGUGACCGCACCUGUGAGGGGCGGGCCCACACCUGUGAGGGGAGAGGUCCACACCUGUGAGGGGCGGGCCCACACCUGGGGCGGGUCCACAGCUGGCCCGCGGAGUCGGGCGAAGAGGACCGUCCCACCCCGGCCACGGACGCUCACGUGUUCACACAGCACUCACACACGCUGAAUACGCACACACACACUUAGGCGCACACACACACUCCUACGCACUAUAUACACCUACACACACUCACCACAUACCUACUCACUGUAUACACACAUACAUACACACAUGCACCACACAUACCUACACAGUGUAUACACACACGCUUACGCACAUUCAUACACUCAUCACGUACACACAUGCGUAUACCACACACCUACACACACACCACAUAGACGUACACACACACUCACCACACAGAUGUAUACACACACACACACACACACACACACGCUCAUCGUUAGGCAAAAGCUCUGCUCCGAUGCCCCUCGAAAGGCAGAGAGGAGGCCUCGGGGCUCCGGGUCGGGCAGACUUUCCUCCUCACUUUGGGGGCAGAAACAGGGGAGCAGGUGUUCUUCAUUGAGAAAAUAACUCUCGAAAGGGAGGGCCAAGCCACUCCGAAUAAGAAACUGUCCCGAAUUUGGUUUCUGUGUUACUUCCUGAGACAGGACGGGUGUGGUGGGCACGCACCUUCGCGGAAGGCUGGAGCCCAGCGGGGGAAAACCGUGUCUCUGAGCUCAUGGAUGUCUGAUUCAACUUUAAGUUUUUUGUAUUCUGCUCUGUAAACCCCCUUUGUCUCCACAUCUUCAGUAAAGUCUGCUCCACACACCAA